AUGGUCAAUGAUUUACAAUGCGGUUCGGGGAGGUCUAGCAAUUGGAAAUUCGUUGAUGAUGUUACUAUCUCUGAGGGUUUAUUAAGGAAUGGGGAACCGUCUGUAAUCCAGUCUGAUUUAACUUCUAUAGCUACAUGGGCAUCUAAUAACCUGAUGAAAUUGAACGCAAAGAAAUGCAAAGAGAUGCAAAUUUGUUUCUUUCGGAACAAACCUGAACUACCACACUUGUGUGUUGAAGACCAGAUCUUAGAAUGUGUACCGUCGCACAAGGUUCUUGGAUUGAUUAUCCAGGAUGACCUUAAGUGGAACGAACAUAUUUCGAUGAUUGUUACCAAAGCAUCCAAGCGACUGCAUAUCCUACGUGUCCUACGACGGGGAGGGAUUCCACCGCACGACCUUAUCACAAUUUAUUAUGCAUUGAUUAGAUCUACAUUAGAAUAUCGUUGUACAGUAUGGCAUUGUGGUCUACCUAUGUAUCUGUCUGAACAAGUCGAGAAAAUUCAAAAACGUGCACUGAGGAUUAUACUGCCAGGUCGAUCCUACGGUGAAGCGCAAGAAAUGUUGCAGUGUCCUAGGCUGGAUAUACGUCGAGGUGAACUUUGCGAAAAGACGAUAAAAAAUAUUGCAUUGGGCAGUCGUCUUUCUUCCCAUCUAACUCUCACCAGUGAAAACGAACAUUUGUAUAAUUUAAGGAAUUUUAAACAAUUCGCUUCUUUUAAAUAUAGAACUGAUAGAUUUGGUAAUAGUUUUUUCCCUAGCAUGAUUAGUGUUUUAAACAAAUAA